UUCAGUUGUGUGGCAAACGCGCGGACUAUAGCAAACCACACGUGUUGCAUUCGCCUUGCGUCGUGUGUGUGUGUCUCGUGCGCAAAACUUAUAUUACGUAUACGCUGUGCUUGCCAUUGCCCUCGAGCGGCAAUUGUGACAACAAUUACGGAACUUUGCUGGGCGCUUUUCUUAUUGCGUGUGUGUGAACCUAAGCAAGAAAUUAUGUGAAUUACAAGUGAAGUGCAAGAAAAUAAGCGAAACAGUAACAGGCAUAAUAAAAAGCGAAAAUAACAACAACAAGAAUAACACAAGUUGAGCAGAAACUUAAAGCUGACGCACAUGUCGGAGAGCAUGUUAAACAGUUUAGACAAUUUUGACAGAAACAGGAACCACAUCAUCAAUGUGAGUGCUGCGCUUCUAGUGCUGUGCUGCUAGCUCCUGGGGGCAAUGAAAUCACGUAAGCCGCCCAAGGUUUGUGGCCUCAACUACUUGACGCUUGUCUACAUUCCAUUGCUAUUGCCCAUAUUAAAAUGCUCAGCGCUGAGCAGCAGCAGCAACAAUGGGAGUGGGAGCAGCAGCAGCAGCGGUGGCAGUCAGAGCGGCAGCGAUUUCGAUUAUCGCAUGGAACGUGUACGCAACGUGCUCAAGGAGGUGCCACUGAUCGAUGGGCACAACGAUCUGCCUUGGAACAUACGCAAGUUUCUGAAGAAUCAGCUCAAAGACUUUCACUUUGGUGGCGAUCUGCGCGAACUGGCGCCCUGGUCCUCCAGCGCCUGGAGCCACACCGAUCUGCGUCGCCUCAAAGAGGGCAUGGUCUCCGCUCAGUUCUGGUCCGCCUACGCGCCCUGCUCCUCUCAGCAUCUGGACGCAGUGCAGCUGACGCUGGAGCAAAUCGAUUUGAUACGUCGCCUCGUCCUGCUCUAUCCACAUCACAUGGCGCUCGUAACCACCGCAGCGGGCAUCGAACAAACGCAUCGCACGGGCAAGAUCGCCAGUCUAAUUGGUGUCGAGGGUGGCCAUGCGAUAGGCACAAGUUUGAGUGUGCUGCGCAUGUUUUACCAGCUGGGCGCCCGAUAUCUAACACUAACACACACCUGCAACACACCUUGGGCGGACUGCUGCAAAGUUGACGAACCUGGGAAAUAUCCACACAUAGGUGGACUUUCAUCCUUUGGCAAGCUGGUGGUUAAGGAAAUGAAUCGCUUGGGCAUGAUUGUGGAUCUGUCGCAUGUGUCAGUGCCAACAAUGCUGGAUGCACUCGCCGCUUCACGCGCUCCGCUCAUCUUCUCACACAGCUCCGCUCAUGCCAUUUGCAAUAGCUCACGCAAUGUGCCCGAUCAUGUGCUGCAGCGCAUUGCCAUAAAUGGCGGCUUGGUUAUGGUUGCAUUUUAUCCGCAUUUUGUCAGCUGCUCGGGACAGGCAACGCUGCAUGAUGUUGUGGCACAUAUAAACCAUAUUAGAGAGGUGGCUGGCAUUGAUCAUGUGGGCAUAGGCGCUGGCUACGAUGGCGUCAAUCUUGUGCCCAAGGGUUUGGAGGAUGUGUCCAAGUAUCCGCAUUUGUUUGCUACGCUGCUGGAGUCGGACAAAUGGUCGGAAAAGGAUAUUGCCAAGCUGGCGGGCAACAAUCUGAUACGCGUUUUUAAGGAAGUCGAAGCGGUGCGUGAUCAAAUGGAAAUGUUGCGUGUGCUACCAAUUGACGAGUCAAUUCCAGCCGAGGACAUUAUGGGCAGAUCCUACUGUCGCUACCAAGGACCAAGAACGUGAUAAUUUCUUUAUUAUAUAAAGUUGCACAACCCACACACACACUCAUACACUAAUAAGCAAGCAGCAGUGUAAAAAUUAUGUCAAGCUUACGUGCUGUAAAGUGAAACUUGUUUUAGGUUAAUUGACAAAGUUUUUUCAUCGCUGCCAGAACAUUUGUUUUCGUCAUACGAGUGCCACAAGUGUGAGUCACUGUGUGUGUGUCUGGGUUUAUGUGUGUGCUUAAUAUACACACAUGUAUAGUUGCAGCAUUAACACACACACACACACUCACAAUCGCUCAGAAUCCACGUGGCAGCUGUUGCCGGGCAACAUUGUGCGCAGCUGGCAGCGCUCAUAAACAAAUACAAAGUGGCAAAGAGCUCACCAUACUUUACACACACACACAGGCACACACACACACAGACAUAGGCACAUGUGCGCACACACAGCGAGUUACCAUAGUUCAGCCAACAUUGUGUAAAUAUCAUUGCCAUGUUUAUUUUUAUCUUUAGCACUUAGUAACGCAGCAGAAAAUUCGCAAAACCUCUAAGCAACAAAAGAAAAGCGAAGAACAUCAAAUAAUAGCGCACAAAAAACAGCAGACAAAAGCGAACAGAACGUAAGCCAAAUUAUAUCAAAAGUAAAAUUAAAAAAUAUAAAAAGCGUAACUAGCAAGAAUAAUGACCACCAACCAACCAAACCAAACCAAGAGAGAAAUUGCUGCUCUGACCGCACAGAGACAGAGUCAACAAAUAGCAUUAUGUAUUUUUUCUAUGAAAAAGUUAUAAUUAUAGCAAUUUAUAUAUAUAUAUAGUAUACUGAUAUGUGCAUCAAAAGUUAUGUGGCUGGCUAAAGUUAGUUAAAUAUACUUUUCAUGUUUUUGCAAUUAACUAAUCAAAUUGUUAAGCGCGCAGUGAUUUUUCAAUUAAAAGCGUUUGUGCAUUGCCUAAGCCCAUUGAUUACUGUUAUUUUAAUUACGUUACGCAAUUAGUUGAUUAAAAUUAAACAUUUAAUUAGCCAAAGGUUUUCAUAUUAAUAAAUUGAUAAUUCGCACACGUUUAGCAACAUUUUGGCAAAACAUUUUCCCAGCAAUGCGCGCGUGUUCAAUUAAGUCGAACAACAUGCAUACUCAAUUAUUAAUCCAAAAAAAAUAAAAACAAAGACAACCCGCCAAAAAAAAAGUAAAAUGAGUUCACAAAUCAAAACAUUUGCAUUAUAUAAAAUUUAAUAGCAAAUGUUAUAAGAGUCUCUAGUAUAUAAAAGCUGAAAAAUAAAUUAACAAACAACUAUAAAUGUUUAUGCCACUACCAUUUAACGAACAAAGCAUAUAAAUAAAUACACACACACACACACGGACACACACAUGCAGUUUAUGUUGCAUGCAUAUUUAUAAUAUUUUGUUAAGUUGCAUUUACUACUAAAAUGAACACAAGCUCUUUUGUUAACGAAAUACCAACACAUAUUAAAUGUUUUGCAUGGGGUGAAACAGAAACAACUAAAAAACGAGUUAGUAUAG